UACAGCAUGCUGACUUGUACAGUCCAUACUGACUUCUGUCUGGCACCUGGACGCUUGGAGGGCUGGAUCAGACCAAACAAAAACUAGGAUCCUUCCUUGCUCCCGCUACAGAUGGUUUGCUAUUCACAAGUUAUUGGUCAGCGGAUUGCACUGAUGGGUAAUCCACACUGAAAUACUGCAUAAUUCAGUCGGAGCUGUAGGUCUCUAAUAUGCGAAUAAGCGUGAUUCGCGUUUGUGGAUGCUCGCAGGAAAAAAAGGGGAGUGGACAACUUUGAGUGUAGAAAAGAGAGUCUGAUAACUAGUGUUGGUUAGUGUUGUUUUCGGAGCACCAAGUGACUGUUUCAGUGGGCAGGUUUUCCACAACUGUGAUAUUUUAAUCGCGUUUUGAUUUAUUUAUUCAUUCAGUUUUGUUUUAAUCACAUCACAUUUCAACGAUGGACGAAGAGAACGGGUUGCCGGAUUUUAAGGAUCUUGAGAUGAAGUUGGGUCGCAAAAUUCCAGAAAGUCUCUUUAGGUCUUUCAACGAGAGAGACCUGAAAACUAAAAGUGAGGAAAAGAGGCUCGCGACGCCGGUGACUGUGAAGAACCACACGUCUGCGGACUUGAAGCGACUGGAGAGCAAGAUGUUAUUUUUAAAACAGGAAAUGGCCCACCUACGUGCCAUCGACGUGAAGUUGAUGCACCAACUCCUGACCAUCAACGAUGGCAUAGAGUCUAUCCGCUGGGUGAUGGAGGAGCGGGCAGGAGUGGCCAGCCGUGAAAGCAGCUUGACGGGCAGCCUGUACAGCCUAUCGGAUAGCCAGGAUACCUCCCAGCGGGGCAGCUGCAACAGCCUCCAUGACUGCAGCGACAGCCUGGAUGGGAUAUCGGUGGGCAGCUACCUGGACACUCUAGGAGAGGACCUAGAAGAGGACCUGGGUGAGGACCUCCCCAAUCAACCGUCGCCAACAGAAAUGACCAACGGGUUUCCAGAAAAAUCUACCAGCGUAGACGACGAGGACCUUCUCAAGAAGCCCCCGCCAUUGCGUCCUCGAGUGGAGACGGACGAGUACUAUAUUUUUGGUUGAUUAUUUGUGGUGUUUUAGCUUGUUGUGGCUAACUUCCCGUUAGCUGGGACAGGCUCCUUGUUGGACUGACUCUUCCCCCUGUCUUGCUUCCCCCAGCUCCACCUCCUAAUGUAUGCUGCUGACUGAUGACUGCAAUAUUGAAACUUCGUUGCUGCAACGUUGAGGCCCAGAUAGUGGGUAGCUUGUGUCCUCAUCAGGGCCACACUUGGCCCUGAUACGGCCCAGAAUUGGUUACAAUGCGGGAGGAGGUCACUGGGUUCCUCUGGUUGAACCUGUUGCCCCCCCCCCCCCCCCCCCCCCUCCUCCCUAUAGUCUGCAUUAAUCCUCCCCCAUCCACAACAUCCAUUCCCCCCUCCCAGAACCACUAGCCAAAACACACACAACCUGCAUGGCACCCUGGGCCCUGCCCCGCUCAUGUGAUGGUAGCAAAAUAAGGGUUUAAUAAUAAUAGUUAUUAUGGUGAUGACAAGACCACUCCAGAGACUUCACUAUCCCGCACAAGACACAAAUGUCCCCUCACGGGCCCACUGCACGCGUGCUCUGAACAUUUUGCUCCAAAGACUGCAACAGUGCCUCCACAUGUCUUAACCCCCCCAACCCCCACCCAGACCCCCUCCUGACCUUCUCAGAUACAAUGGCUAAGGCCUCUAACCCGAGUAAUAUGUGGUAAAAAGGGAUUGAGCAAUUAUUUUGGCAUUAGCCCUCACUCGUGCUGGGAGCCUGGUUUCUGAGAGGAUCAUGGGUCACAAAUGGACAUUUCCUUUAGUGAUUACAAGUGGUAGGAGCUACCAAGUGCAAUUUCUGGUCAUGGCAAAACCAAUGUUUUUGUUUUUACUUUUUGAACUGAGACCGCAUGCAGAAUUUUUUUUCAAUGUUCAUCGACCUUUGGUCCAAUGCACCUGUCGAUCCAAGAUGUGUUGAAUUUUUUUGUUCUUGGACCCUUGACAUGCUGAAAUGGUGUAUGUAUUUCAGUGUUUCACAGACUGUGGAUCUGACCUGUAAACUAUGGAAAGGCACAUACUCUGCUCCAAAGAAACACAGAUUUAGCCUUGUUUUUAACACUUGAAUAUUUUAAAUUUUAGACAGAUCUGUUUGUUUUUUGGAUGUUGUGAUAUUUCCGCAUUCAUAAGAUGUGUGAAAAACAAUGUAAAUAUACCUUUGGUAACUGGAUGAUAACAGUGCCUCAACCUUGUGUGUGUGUGUGUGUGUGUGUGUGUGAUUGGUUGGUUGGUUGGUUGCAGGUGCUGUUGUCGCCUACUUUCGCAGGUGUGCUUCUAAUUUAUUAUUUGUAUUUGGUGUUAAGAAGUGUUUUGAGAAAAAUGCAUAAUAUAUUGUGAUUUUUCUUAA